AUGUCAUCUCAUGAAAUCAUCAUUAUUUGGCUCGAUUCUAACAUUGGUGUACCGGGCGAAUAUAUACAUCUCAAACAAGCUUUUUCUACUAAUAUUGAUCCAAUGUAUGCAUAUCCAAGAAAUCUAAAUAAUCGAGAUCCUUUUAUAUUUGACUUGAAUGAAAAUGAUUCAAUAUGCAAAUAUCAAUUUCAAAAUCGUUGUAAAUUACAAUUCUUUACUGAUGAAGAACAAUGUUUUACAUAUGUAAAUAAAUGUUUUAAUGCAAAUAAACAAAUAUUUUUAAUUCUACCUGAUUCUAUUCGAAAAGAUUUUUUUCUUCGUAUUUAUGAGCAACAUUCAAAAGAAUUUGAAAAGACAAAAAAUGAAAUAUCAAUAAGAUUUUAUUUAUUUACCUUUAGCGAUGUAAUUCAAGAAUGGUUAUAUGAUUAUGAAGAUUAUUUUCGAGUUUAUUAUCAUGAAGCUGAUCUUUUGUAUGCAUUAAUACGAGAUAUAGCUAUCUAUUAUAUGAUGAUUGGAGAAAAAUUAUUGAAUGAAAAUUUACUCAAUGAUACUCAUCGAGCACUAAUUUAUCUUCAUUGGGCUAAUACACUUAUUCAUCGUGGAAAUUCUAUUUCGUCUUAUAAAGAAAUUCAACUUCAAAAUUAUUUAAUAAAUAUGAUUAAUAAAUGUGAAAAUAGAAUUUAUUCUAUCGAAAAUGUUGAUUAUUUACAGUGUGAUUUAAUAAAUAAAUUAAUUCAAAAUAUUAUUAUUUACGAUUCAACAGAAUCUUUUGAUCAAGGAUUAAAAUUAAAGACAAUAUUCAAUCAAAUAAAUGAUAAAAAUUCCUUAUUAUUCAACAAUUUAGAAGAUUUUUUUCUUAAUUUUCAAUCAACAAGUUACAAUAAUCAACGUCAUUGUGUAAUUAUAAUAAUUUCAAAUAUUGAUAAACAAACAAAUACUUUCGAAGCAUUAUCAUCAAUACAAUCAAUCGAACAUAUCUAUGUUUUACAUUUAAAUGGAAAUAAAUUUAUUGAACAAAACAAUUAUCGAACACUAUUGAAAAAGUUUCCAACAAUUCGAAAUAUUUCUACAAAUAUAAAAACACUUCUACUAGGAUGGAUAGUUGAACAUUCAACAGAAUGCGAACAAAUUGGAGAUUAUUUUAAAGAAAAUGAAGAUUCAAAUCUAGCCGAUUUGUACUAUGCAAAAUCCAUAAAACUAAAUGCAUGUUUAUCUAUUUUUACUAACAAGAAUUAA